AACCUCUGUUAAACCUCCCUCGUGUAAAGGCUUUGCUCUGGUCAAAUGGAACAAUCCUCCCACCUACCGGAGGAGUCGCGCGAUAACUGCAUAUGUAGCAAAGCCGUAUCACGAGAGAUUAUUUUAAAUCACCCACCAGGCCCGCUGGCUAAAAGCAUUUCUUACGUGUAAUAUUAGCAAUGAGUGGGGCCAUGAAUUUCAAAAACUGCGGCUCUGUGCUGGUAACGGGAGCCAGUCGAGGGCUCGGGCUGCAGAUAGUUGACAGCCUGGCGAGUGGAGGUUUUUCACCGGGCAAGAUUAUAGCCACGACCAGACAGCCCGGGACAGCGCAGAAACUUCAGGAACUGGCAGACAAACAUCCUAGCAUCCAUAUUAUCCCUUUGGAUGUAGUGAACCAGGAGAGUAUAGAGAAGUGUGCAGAAGAGGUGGACCAGUUGGUGCAAGAAGAGGGUCUGAACUGCCUAAUCAACAAUGCAGGCAUCAAUGUGGUGGCCGACUUUCAUACUGUUACUGCCGAGAAGAUGAUAGAAAACUUCCACACUAAUGCUGUGGCUCCUCUAAUGAUCACCAAGACCUUCCUGCCUCUGCUGAAGCGAGCUGCAUCGAGAGGUGGAGCAAGUGGUGCAGGGAGCAUGAGCAUCCAGAGGGCUGCAGUCAUUAAUAUGACCUCUCUGCUGGGCUCUGUGGAGCUUAACUGGGGGGAACGGGCCAACAACUUCAAAUGGUACCCCUACAGGACAUCCAAGAGUGCUCUAAACAUGGUGAGUCGCUGUAUGGCUGUAGACCUGGAGCCUGAUGGGAUUCUCUGUAUGGCCAUACACCCUGGCUGGGUCCGCACCGACAUGGGGGGAUCUGAGGCUCCACUGAGUCCAGAGGAGAGUGUUUCUUCCAUCUUGUCUGUGAUAGGUGGACUGACGGAAAAGGAUCAUGGAUCAUUUCUGAACUUCACCGGAGAGGUGUUGCCUUGGUGACCUUGAUCAACACAGUAAUGAUUAGGGUGGUAAGAAGCGGCACUGACUGAACCUAUUGGCUGUUUAUUCGGCUUCCCAUCAACUUCAGCUAUGCAAACAGUUCGCAGUGCUAUAUCCUAUUUCAGAAUGAGAGUGUUGAAUUUCUAAUAAGCAGAUUACUUGAAAGUUUUAUAGGCAUUGUAAAUGGGCAGGGUGUGCAGUAGUUUGUCUCUAAGCUGGGUUCAAACAUAAAUAAAUGUUUUAUGUAUUUGAUCUAAUAACAACUAAAACUUACUGUCAGGCAUACAAACUUGGCUGAGAAAGUCUUGUCUGUAUGAGUCUGAAUCUGUAUGAGUUUGAGCAGAAUUGUGUCAUGGCCACACAGUUGCUCUGCUUAAUAAAACAAAAAAAUUUGUUCAGGAUUCUUCUGUGUUUUAACAUAUGCAGCACUUUAAGUUAAGUUUUGCCUGUGUGUUCUCCAAUGCCCUGAUUUCAUAGUCAGCAAUUCACCGAACAAAAAGCUUCAGUGUGCAACUUUGCCUGCUAAAAGUAGGAGAAUUGCCCAGUUCAUUCUGUCCUUGAAUAGCAUUUCUGAUCCUUUUAUUGAUCAGGUCGUGUGUUCUUUCCCAAAAAUUGAGACAGAACACAAA